CCAUGGUUCAAGGCCCACAGAAGGAAGAAGAAAAAGAAAGUCCAGAGGAGGAAACCAGACGUAACUUGGCGUUUCUGCUGGAGAAGGUGGAGGGCUGUUCUAGUGUUGCAGACGUGCCAGGUCGGCAGCUUGUCCAUGAUGGUGACCUCAUUGAGUUGGACAUGGAGAGUCAUGUCCACAUCCAAAGGGUUCAUGCAUUCCUCCUCAGUGAUAGUUUGAUGAUUGCUACCUGGAUACCACACAGACGAGGCCCCAUGCGUUACCGUUUCCAAGGUCUGUACGAACUGGACAGUUUGGCAGUUGUCAAUGUCAGGGACACAGGGCCAGUGAAAAAUGGCUUCACAAUUCUCAUGUUUCCAGAGUCCCACUUGUAUCAGACGGAUACAGCAAAAGCUAAGCGCCAGUGGCUGGACGCUCUUGAAGACACGAAAAAGAAGAAAGCUGUAAGGGACAAGCAGAAAAAAGAAGCAGCAACACGUGCAGCAGAGCAGCAGCUACAGUUGGCACUGGCCUCUCCAGGAGAGGCUGAUUUAUCUAAGAGUUUCACUGACCAAAUGGAAGAACCUGUGGCAAUGGACAGAGAUUUCUUAGCAGCUGAUUGGCUGCAAGAGUUGCCAGAAGACUUAGAUAUGUUUAUAGCACAGCGUAACUUUGAAGGAGCUGUGGAUUUAGUGGAAAAAGUCAACGAGUUUCUCAUAGAUUGCCCUAAAGGUCCAGCAUUGAAGGAGUUCAGAGCCAGAAUUGACCAUCGAGUGAAACAGUUGACUGAUGGGCUCAUGAAUGAGUUACAAGUGUCACCCGAGAGAUCACUUCGGGGAGGGCCUCGAGCUGCCAGGAGGGCUGUCACACAGCUCAUUCGACUCGGAAAAUCUGCUCAGGCUUGUGAACUCUUCUUGCAAAAUCGGAGUGCAAUAAUCAAAUACAACAUUCGACAGCUGAAGUUUGAAGGGGCAACAACUCUCUAUAUUCGGUGUCUGUGUGGAGUGUUUUUCUCCUCACUGUCAGACACCUCAAAGGAGUUCAUUAAGGCAUUUCCUGGUCACCAUGGAUGUUUUUCAGCAUUUGUCAUUUGGGCCAAGCAGGAGCUGCAAGCUUUUGUCAGCAUAUUUCGCCGCCAGGUGUUUGAGAGCAAGGCUAGCCUGACCACAAUCGCAGACUGUGUGGUGCUGGCGAGGACUCAUUGUCAGGAGCUGAAGUCCAUUGGACUUGAUGUUGAGUUUUGCCUCUCUAACCUGCUGGACAUUUCUAUACAACAAGUGAUAGAGGAGACUAGAGAUCAGAUCAUUGAUGGCAUCAAUUACCGGGCACAUGAUGAUCUGUGGCGACCAAUGAACCAUCUGACACCAACUGACUGUGAAAAGUAUGUGAAGGAAAUUGCUGCAUCAGGGUUUGACAUUAAAGCCUAUGUAUAUGAUAACUGCAUUAUCUCCAUCACCAUGAACUCCAUGCAGUUUGCCAAGGUGUCUGUGACAUUUGUCGAUGACCUUCUGAAGUUGUUUACUACAGAGCUGGAGGAUAUUAUUGCUGAUGCCAUUACAGCAGUGUACGGUGCCCAGAUCUCACACAUAGAAGAGUCCCUCAAAUCUGGAAAGUUCCAGAAAGAGGAAUCCCUCAUCAUCAAGAAUGCUCAGUUCCUCCUGGAGGUGGUGAUGGGGAAGAUUGAAGCUCUCUACACUUCACGGAACAUCCCAUUUCCUAACCAACUACAGCAGGUCAAUGGCCACUUCCGGAAGCUGAAGGCAAUGAUAUACAAAUGA